AUCUGACUGGGGUCUGCUCACUCUAUGCAACACAUUUGUUGUCUUCCUCCCUCCCACCCCACUCUGCAAACUCCCUUUUUAGUGCUUCCUUGCUUUGCGCUCUCUCCCUCUCUCCAUUUACUGGAGGGCACUAGUAAUAGAAGAAGACGAAACCCACAACAUAAAUCCCUGCAAACCCAGAGAUUCCAUGUUUAUCGUGCUCAAGUUUGUCAUUUGAAUGUGUUUUCUGUUCUUAUUGGCUUAAGUAGCUAGCACUUCUAGCUGGGAUUCAAAACCCUCAAUCCCCAAAAAGAAACAACAAAUCUUCCACAUUCUCUCCAGUGCAGUAACAGCAGAGCCAGAGAAACCCACAUGUUGUUUUUGUCAAAACUUCACCUAAAACCCUGAAAACCCCUUUCUCAAAGCCAAAGAUCAGUCCUCUUUGCCCUGUCUUUUUCUGUUUUAGAGUGAGAGCAGCUAAAACCCCUGGAAAAUGCCACUCAAUCGGUGCAGUAUAUUGAUCUUCUUGAUUUUCACCAAUACGGCUCUGGUAUCCUCCAAGUCCACAAUCGAGCCAUGCUCGAACUCCGAUUCGUGUAAUGCCUUGCUAGGCUACACCCUUUACACAGACCUGAAGGUUGCGGAGGUUGCUUCGCUCUUCCAAAUCGACCCUAUCGCCCUCCUCACCGCUAACGCCAUCGACAUCUCAUACCCAGAUGUGGAAAACCACAUUCUUCCGUCGCAGCUCUUCCUUAAGAUCCCCAUCACAUGUUCCUGUAUUGAUGGUAUCCGCAAAUCCACCUCCACCAAGUACAAGACCCGCCCCUCCGAUACCCUCACAUCCAUAGCUGAUUCUAUAUUUGGGGGUUUGGUCUCUGCUGACCAGAUUAAGGAGGCUAAUUCAGUACAAGAUCCGUCGGUUCUUGACGUCGGCCAGUCCCUUGUGGUGCCUCUGCCAUGUACUUGCUUCAAUGGGACGGAUAAUGGGUUGCCUGCCAUCUAUUUGUCGUAUGUAGUUAGGCCGGUGGAUACCUUGACUGGUAUUGCGGCUAGGUAUUCCACUACAAUUACUGAUUUGAUGAAUGUCAAUGCUAUGGGCACUACAGCCAUUAGUGCUGCUGACAUAAUUGCUGUGCCAUUGCCAGCUUGUGCAUCUAAUUUCCCUAGAUAUGCCUCAGAUUUUGGCUUGAUUGUGCCAAAUGGGAGCUAUGCAAUUACAGCAAGUCACUGUGUGCAAUGCAGUUGUGGACCUGGAAAUCUCAAUUUGUAUUGCAUGCCUGCUUCACUGGCAGUAUCUUGUUCAAGCAUGCAAUGUAGGAAUAGUAACCUCAUGGUUGGGAAUUAUACGGUGCAGCAGGGCAGUGGUGGAUGCAAAGUUACUUACUGCAAUUAUGAUGGUUUGGUGAACGGCACCAUUUGGACUACGUUGUCCACAUCCCUUCAGCCGCGAUGCCCAGGUGGGCAGCAAUUUCCUCCACUCAUAGCUCCACCAAAUACAGUAAGUAGGGAUACAACAUUUGCUCCAGCACCUGCACCUCAGUCUGAUGGUACAACACCUGGGACUUCGGUGGUACCAAGAACUGGGUCACUGCCUCAAUUGCCUCCGGCAAAUGGCCCAGCAGGAAGUGCAUCUGGUGCUGCCUCUGGUGCUUCCCGCUUGGUGAACGCGUUAGUCACUUCACCAACCACAUUUGUGCUAUGUCUGUGUGCCAGCUUCAUAGUCUCCUCGCUAAAAUUCUGAAUAUCAACUUUGUGCAAGCAUGAAGGGAUUUUUCAUGCAUUUUUUACUUUCUUCGAUGGAUCCCGAUUGUAUGUUGUAUGUGAACUUUCUGGUAUUUAUUCAUGCGGAUAGACUGCUUUGUGGAUGGCACAGAAUAGAGCUUUUUGGAAGUUGUCUUGUACUUUGGCAUUCUCAAUUAGAGGUAUCAGUAGUUCCCUUCUUGUAACGGAUUCGUGUUUAUAAUUUGCCAAAUUGAAUCUUUUGAGUACC